UCAUAAGUGAAGCAACAGUAUUUAGGUAGAUGCUUGUUUUCAAUCACGCGCAGACAAUAAGUCCCACGACGGCCUCCAACUGUUUCUGAUUUCUGGUUAGGUUAAAUUGCUGCCUUCUCAGUUAUGUGACCAGUGAGAUAGUUCUGCAUGAGGAGCAUCAGGCUUAGUUGCUUUCUACUCAGUCCUGACUAUUGUCAGUGAGGACGAAGUUCUUGCCGUACGAACACGCUUUCCAGGAGAUCUUGAAUGUAGACAUUAUUUUCUCGAUCAUUGCCAGCUAGGAAAGAGUUGGAAUUGAUCAGAUUUAGUCUGAAACCAUCUUGACUGCCAGUUUCCAGACUGAAUCUCAGACACUUCGGCUGAAGACAUGUUGUCCGCAUAAGCUUCAUGUAGGAAUUGAGAUCGUAGUUCAGUUGGGAGGCAGCAGGCAGUAAUAUUGCGUUGUACGGACGGAUGAUCGGGCAGGACCUUGAAAUUGCACCUCAGACCGCCAAAGUUUGACGCUUGAGUCUGUUUUCUUUAUGGUGACUGUCAGUUCCAAGGAUAUCAAUGGGACAGAUUGGGAGUUCAGAGGCCAGAGAAGAUCUGAUUUUAACCCGAGAAGGUAUUCACCAGAUCAAUGACGCCGUGUAUGAGCUGCAUGCCCCAGCCGGAGUGCCGGACGUAGAGAUAGUGUUUUUCCAUGGCCUUCAACCAUUCGACUACAAAGAUGCUCACUGGCAAACUUGGCUCACGGGAGCGAAGAAUUCUAACGAGCUGUGGCCACAAACAUGGCUUCCCAGGGAUUUUAGAAGCGCUAGGAUUCUCAGUAUUUCCUACGACUCAUCUGCACAAGAAGGCAGCGCAGCUGGUCGGACUGACAUGUUCUUAAUUGGGGAAAAUCUGGUGCAGAAUAUAGUACUUUCUAAAGAUGCGCAUGUAGGUCAGACUGCUAAUUGUCCUGUGAUUUUCGUCGGCCAUAGUCUCGGGGGUCUCGUCAUAAAAAAGGUUAUCCUGUCCGCCAGAAAGAAACUAGAUCAACUGUCACCGAAAAGGGCCCACAAUGUUCAAGAUGUAGCGAAAUUGGAGUCUUUUCUCCAAAAUAUUAAAGGUGUCUUCUACUUCGCUACUCCGCACCAAGGAUCCAGUAUGGCAGAUGUCGCGAAAAUGACAGAUUUUAUAAAAGUCCUUCCCCAGAGAAGUGAGGUCCUCAAGUUUCUUACCGUGCUGAAUAAAGAGGGUGCGAGGCUGAACGAUGAGUUCAGGGUCUGGCGGGAGAACAACAAUGUUAGAGCUUGGACCUUGUUCGAGCUGCUUCCGACAAUAUUUGCUGGGUUCGGGAAGAUUGUUGUGGAAGAAGGUUCUGCGAGGUUUGACGCAGACAAGUUUUAUGGUGCUCAGGAAGACCAUAUAUCAAUCUGCAAGCUGGAGAAACAGUCUUCAACUUCAUACCAGUUUUUUACGGAAUUCAUCACCGAAUGUACAGGAUUAGACAAACGAAUGCACCAGGAGGAUGAUUCCCUGAUAGUUUAGGAGACUUCACCCUCAUCUAUUUGCACUUGGCUUCAAGUCGAUCUGCAGAAGCCUCAUUUUUUAAAGGUUAGGUUGAAGUUGGAUUGCGAUGACAGUGAUCCCGUUCAGUAAAAUGUCACAGGUCAUCCCAUCAGAGCCAGCUGAAAUAUUGCAUCACGCAUGGCCGUGAGGUCAGCUGCGAUUCGACUUCUGCUGGGAAACUUGCUGAAAUCAAUUCAUUGUACAGUUGGUAUCUGAGCUAAAAAUCUCCGAUAGACGCCAACUCUAGGGUGCGUGUAGAUUAAAUCACAUCACCUCCUUGAAGACCAGGUGAAAGACAGAAAGCCCCAAAGUGUUGUUGUAGGAUGUCGUUCCCCAUGCGUAGAAAUGGAUGGUCUAUGUUAAAAAGUCCGAUGCACAUGGACCCUUCUGGUCUGAUCACUAUGGUGAGUUUCAUGAGGACUCAAAUCAAGGAAACAUGGAUACCUUUGGAGCGAGGUUGAAACUGAGAUUUACUGAAGGUUGAAGAAGUGUGGAGCUGUGCGCUCGCUCAGUAUGUGUAUAUGAAACGUUCUCCUCGACAACAAACGUCUAGACUCUUCUCGAACGUACCACGAAUCAAAUCAAAGAAACAUGGAUACCUUUGGAGCGAGGUUGAAACUGAGAUUUGCUGAAGGUUGAAGAAAUGUCGAGCUGUGCGUUCGCUCAGUAUGUGUAUAUAAAAAGUUCUCCUCGGGCAAUAAACGUCUAGACUCUUCUCGAACGU